GGACCUGACCCUCUGGACUACGUUAGCAUGUACAGAAACCUGGGAAACCCAGCGCUGAAUGUUCCUGAGCACUGGCACUACGUCAGCUUUGGGUUAAGUGACUUGUAUGGAGACAACAGAGUACAUGAGUUUACAGGAACAGAUGGACCAAGUGGUUUCGGAUUUGAGCUGACAUUUCGACUAAAGAGAGAAACGGGGGAGUCGGCACCACCUACCUGGCCAGCAGAGUUAAUGCAAGGCUUAGCCAGAUACGUCUUCCACUCAGAAAACACCUUCUGCAGUGGUGACCAUGUAUCAUGGCACAGCCCUUUGGACAACAGUGAAUCUAGAAUCCAGCAUAUGUUACUGACAGAAGACCCUCAGAUGCAGCCUGUGCACACUCCUUUUGGGGUUGUUACUUUCCUACAGAUUGUUGGGGUUUGUACCGAGGAACUGCAUGCAGCUCAGCAAUGGAACGGGCAAGGGAUCUUGGAACUGCUUCGGACUGUGCCAGUAGCUGGAGGCCCCUGGUUGAUAACGGAUAUGCGAAGAGGAGAGACGAUAUUCGAGAUUGACCCACAUCUGCAAGAGAGAGUCGACAAAGGGAUUGAGACAGAUGGCUCAAACCUGAGUGGAGUGAGUGCCAAAUGUGCCUGGGAUGAUCUCAGCCGGCCCCCGGAGGAUGAUGAAGACAGCAGGAGCAUUUGCAUUGGGACCCAGCCACGGCGGCUCUCUGGGAAAGAUACGGAGCAAAUCAGGGAGACUUUGCGGAGAGGGCUUGAGAUUAACAGCAAACCUGUUCUACCUCCAAUAAAUGCACAAAGACAGAAUGGGUUGAACCAUGACCGAGCGCCAAGCCGUAAGGACAGUUUAGAAAGCGAGAGCUCAGCAGCUAUCAUUCCUCAUGAGCUGAUCCGCACCAGACAGCUGGAGAGCGUGCACCUGAAAUUUAACCAGGAGUCCGGAGCUAUCAUUCCCCUCUGUCUAAGGGGGAGGCUCUUACAUGGACGGCACUUUACAUAUAAAAGUAUUACAGGGGAUACAGCAAUCACGUUUGUAUCAACAGGAGUGGAAGGAGCCUUUGCUACAGAAGAGCACCCCUAUGCAGCACAUGGACCUUGGUUACAA